ACAAAUCUCAUUUCUCAACGGUCAUCACUCUCUCAACAUAAACUUUCUUUCUCCUCUUCCCUCUCUCCCCAUUAUUUGAAUUGUACUCUCUAUCUCUCUCUGCAUCAAGCACUUCUACUCUCUUGAACUAACAGGAAACAAACGAAAGUUGAAAAGAAAACAUGAAAUCAUUUACAGAGAGCAGCGAGAAUCGGUUCGUGGGAAGGAUAUCAACAUCUUCCAUUCGCAAUUUGCUUCCCAAAUCCAUUUCCUCCAAGCGCAAGUCCGCCUCAAACCCUAAAUUCACAAAAAUUUUCACUUCCGAAAAUACUCCUCCACCAGAUCCCAACAUCCAAUUUCAAGAUCCUCCACUCUCAGCUUCCAUCCCCAAGCCGUCGCUCUCCAAGUCCUUUACUUCCCUCAAUGACGCAGCAAUAUCUGAUUCAUCUCUUUCUCAGGAUCCUCCUCUGAAGGGAGAGGUUUGCGCAUCGGAUGGUCGGAAUGAAACAUUAGCAAGUUCGGAUCCGCCAGUGAAGGUUGUGGUGAGAAUUAGGCCGGUAAAUGAUCACGAACGAGGAGGUGGAGUAAUCCAUUCUUCAAAUUCAUUAUCCAUUCGUGAUCGCAAAUUUAGCUUUGAUUCGGUUCUUGGCGCCAAUUCAAAACAGGAAGAUGUCUUUCAGUUAGUUGGCAUUCCUUUGGUUAAAAGCGCGUUAACAGGUUAUAAUACCUCGAUCUUGUCAUAUGGCCAGACUGGAAGUGGAAAGUCCUAUACAAUGUGGGGUCCGCCAAGUGCCAUGGUGGAGGAUUCUUCGCCCUAUAGUCACCAAGGCAUCGUUCCUCGAAUUUUUAAAAUGCUAUUUUCAGAGAUUCAGAGAGAGCAAGAGAACUCUGAAGGGAAACAGAUAAAUUAUCAGUGUCGAUGUUCUUUUCUUGAGAUAUACAAUGAUCAAAUUGGGGAUUUGCUCGAUCCCAUGCAAAGAAAUCUUGAGAUAAGGAAUGAUCCUAAAAAUGGAUUGCAUGUUGAGAAUUUGACGGAGGAGUAUGUGAGUAGCUACGAAGAUAUAACUCAAAUAUUGAUCAAGGGGCUUUCAAGUAGAAAAGUUGGAGCAACAAGCGUAAAUUCUAAGAGCUCUAGGUCUCACGUUGUGUUUACUUUCACUAUUGAGUCCUGGUGCAAGGAAGCUGCAUCAAAAUGUUUCAGCAGUUCAAAAAUCAGCAGAAUCAGCUUUGUUGAUCUUGCCGGGCUAGAUAGAACAAAACUUGAUGAUGCAGGUAGAGAAAUUGUAAGGGAAGGCAAAAAUGUCAAGAAGUCUCUUUCACAGCUUGGGCUGUUGGUGAAUGCUCUUGCAAAAGGAGCUCAACUGGGGAAAUCUGAAGUUGCACCAUAUGAAGGAUCUUGUUUAACACGUUUGCUGCAAGAAUCACUCGGUGGCAAUGCAAAACUUACUGUUAUAUGCAACAUCUCACUCGACAAUAGACAUAUUGGUGAGACAUUGAGGACCCUCAGAUUUGGGCAGCGAGUUAAAUUCAUUAAAAAUGAGCCAGUAAUAAAUGAAAUAUCUGAGGAUGACGUUAAUGAUUUGAGUGAUCAGAUUCGCCAAUUAAAGGAAGAACUCAUAAGAGCAAAAUCAGAUGUGCAUAGUUCAGUUGGUAAUAAAAAUGGAUACUUCAAAGGGCGAAAUGCACGUGAAAGCUUGAACCACCUGAGAGUAAGCCUUAAUCGCUCUUUGAUAUUACCCCGCAUUGACAAUGAUUCUGAUAAUGAAGUAAAUGUUGAUGAGGACGAUGUGAAAGAACUACAGCAGCAGCUCAAUAGGUUACAUGGUUCUUUUGAGGAGGACUCAAAAGACCUAUCUGAUUAUAGAAACUCCAGCCACUUUUCUUCUGUAGAUGAAAGUUUUGAGACAGACUUGAUGAGUGAAGAUGAAGAAGUAAAUGGUCCAGUAGCAAUUGUAGAUGAAGAAAUAAGCGUGGGGAAACAUAAAGAUAGUGUUGCAUGUGAUGAAUUAAGUACCCAUAAUGCCUUCAAGGCUAUUGAUCCUGCAAUUAGAAGUAGCAUCUCUAUUAGCUUAUGUCGUCAGUCUGAAGUUCUUCAUGAGCCAACGCUUUCUGAGUCUCCUAAAAUUGGAAACACUAGGAGAAGCAUGGUAAUUUCUUCAUCAGCAUUUUCGGCAAGUCAAAACAAUGUGUCAAAGAGUGCCAAGUCAAAUGUAAUGUCCCAGUCACUCAAGCAAAGUGAGCAAAAUUUGAGCUCAAGUGAGAACAUACAAUCAUCUCUGCGUUCAAGCAAGAUAUUGCCAGGCCCCACCGAGUCUUUGGCUGCUAGCCUUCAAAGAGGUUUGCAGAUUAUUGACCAUCACCAGCGGAACUCAGCAUUAAACAGAUCUUCAGUUGCCUUCUCUUUUGAGAACUUGGCUUUGAAACCCUGUCCAGAAGUUGACAAAGCCUAUUAUCCUGUUCAAAAGUUACCGGAAGAGGCACCAGUGCCAGAUGGCCCGUCAACUCCUUUAUUCUGUGCAUCUUGUCAACAGAAGAUCAAUGAUAACUCUAAUGAGGUUCAAGAUAGCCUGAAAACAUGGAUUGCAACAGUUGAUGAAGCAGGAAAUCCCACUAAACUGACAAAUCAGGAGUCUAAAGGUGAAGGCAAUUAUGCCCAUAACAGAGAGAAAGAACUUGAAAAUAUUUGCAAGGAGCAAGCAGCUAAAAUUGAGCAUCUGAAUUGCCUGGUGGAACAAUACAAAUUUGAAAAAGAACAUUCCAUCACAGGACAUGAUCAGCAAGGAAAUAGUCUUGAGGGCUCAAAGAAUCAAAUAAUACCAUUUGAGGAAUCCAAUAAUGAAGACUAUCACUCACUGAAAGAUCAAAACAUGCCUCCAGAAAUCAUAGAGGAAAAAUGUGAAAUAAAAGAAGUCCAAGAAGUAUCGGAUCAAGAGAAUGCUUAUUUUGAUAUAAAGCAGAAGGAAGCACUUCUUCAAGAAAUUCAUAGUUUAAGGACUCAGUUGAAGUCGUACACUGAUGCAUCAUCAGCAAAUAAAUCUAUUAAUAAACUGAGAUCCUCUUUGUUAGCACAGUCCAUUCAAUUACGCAAAAGUGUAGAUGCCCGAUGUGUUAAUGAGGAAGAACUUGAGAGGGAGAGACAGAGAUGGACAGAAAUGGAGAGUGAAUGGAUUUCUAUAACUGAUGAUCUAAGGAUUGAUCUUGAAUCCAAUCGUCGACGUGCAGAGAAGGUGGAGAUGGAAUUGAAAUUAGAAAAGGAGUGUACUUCGGAAUUAGAUGAUGCACUUAGUAGAGCAGUACUUGGUCAUGCAAGGAUGGUUGAACACUAUGCUGAACUACAAGAGAAAUACAAUGAUUUAGUUGGAAAGCACCGUGCAAUAAUGGAAGGGAUAGCAGAGGUGAAAAAGGCAGCAGCAAAGGCAGGAAACAAAGGCGGAACUCGCUUUGCCAAAUCACUUGCAGCUGAACUUUCAGCCUUAAGGGUUGAAAGGGAAAGGGAGAAAGAAUUCUUGAAGAAGGAGAAUAAGAGUCUAAAGCUCCAGCUUAGAGACACUGCAGAAGCUGUUCAUGCUGCAGGAGAACUUCUUGUUCGGCUAAGAGAAGCUGAACAUGCUGCCUCGGUAGCAGAGGAAAACUUUACCAAGGUUCAGCAAGACAAUGAGAAGUUAAAGAAGCAAAUAGAGAAAGUUAAAAGAAAGCACAAGAUGGAGAUGAUCACCAUGAAACAGUACCUAGCAGAAAGCAAAUUACCAGAAUCUGCAUUGCAACCAUUAUACAGGGAAGAAGAUUCUGAAGUAAUCCACAACACAAUUACAGAUGAUGAUCAGGCCUGGAGGGCAGAGUUUGGAGCCAUUUAUCAGGAGCAUUUUUAAGUCAUUCAAAAACACCAAUUCUACCUACGGCUGUCACAUAACAAACCCUACUUGGGUCGAAAAGCUAGCUAUACAUAAAAAUGGCUGACUACCUGGCGUGAUUUUUAUUUUUCUUUCAAAUUCUUUUUCUUGUAUGAUCUCUCAUAUCUGAGAAUUGCAAGAUGCACCAUCUCUUGUUCUUUUAAUAUUCUUCUUCACAAUAAAGAUUUGAUUGAUUGUUUGCUUCUUUU